GCUCUAACCCAGCAGGCUGCUGAAGGGACCCACAGGCCAGUGAUCAGGGGCUCGGCUCAGCGGGAAGGCAGGACAAUGGCGGAUGAGGAUAUCUAUGCGAACAUGCCGAUGACGAAAGCUGCUCCCCAGCCCAAAGGAAACCCUCCCAAGACAUCAGUCCCUUGGUGGCACAGGGCACGGGGCAUCGUCACUGCUGUCCUUCUCCUCCUGGGUCUGGCCCUGGCCACGUCCCUCCUUGCUGUGACGCUUCUAUAUCUCCGGGCACAGAGCAAGCUGCAAGCGGUUGAAGAAGCGGUGCAGAAGCUCCAAGUCUCUCUGCAGCCUGACGACGCCUCGGACGCGUCAGCAAAGGGAUCGGACAGUCUGCAGCUAUUGGAUGAAGCGCAGGCAGGAGACCGGCUGCUGAAAACCCAGCUGGGUAACGUCAGUGCAGCAUACGGAGAAAUCCAGAUCCGGCUGGACAACAUCAGUGCAGCAUAUGGAGAAAUCCAGAUCUGGCUGGACAACAUCAGUGCAGCGCGAGCAGCAGUGCAAGGUCGCUGCAGUGACAUGCUAAAAAUGCUCCCCAGGGGCUGGAGGUUUUACGGUGGGAACCUCUAUUACUUUUCAAAAGGAAAAAAGUCGUGGGACGAGGCCGAGCAAUUCUGUGUGUCUUGGAACUUACACCUGACCUCUGUCUCCUCCCAGGAGGAACAGGUUCUGGGCGGAGAAUGAGCCAAACAAUUACGAUCCGGAGAGAGGUGUUGGAGAAGACUGUGUUCAUACCGACCCAAGAAACCAGAAUUUGUGGAAUGAUGCCAAGUGCUUUCGGCCUUUCAGGUGGAUUUGUAAGCGGGCCCAUGGAUAGGCUGGGCUGUGACAUGCAGGUCCGAGCACCUCAGAAAGCGCCUUAACAAGCUAUGGAGCAUGUUUUCCAGCCACCUGCCAAUGAGGGGCCAUUUGCACUUAAGGGGGCCGCAUGGGAUGUGCAUCGCAGGGACGCUUUGUCUUGCUGUGAUAUUUCUGGCUUUAGCAGCAACAGCUGCCCUUAUGCCACUCUGUGUGGCUGGCUCUGUAAUUUGUAUGUUUCCAGGUCUAUCACUGAAUAAAAUCCUUGGAUCAUGGAGUUAUUGUUUCACAAUCACCCAAUAAAUAAUGAUUUUCUUGACUUCUGGUAGUCAGACGUGUUCAUUA